AUGGCCUUGAGCAGCACCCAAAGAGCCUCUGAACAAUCAACUCCUUGUUGGAAACACUAUAUGUUUUUGAGUUUCGGGGGUGAAGAUACCCGCAAGGGAUUUAUAUCCCAUUUAUACCACGAACUGGACUACUGGCAGGCAAUUAAAACCUUCAAGGACAACCGAGAUCUUGAAAUAGGGACAAGUAUUUCUCCAGAGCUCUUGCAUGCGAUUGAAGAAUCGCAGCUUGCCAUCAUUGUUCUCUCACCAAACUAUGCUUCUUCCACCUGGUGCCUGGAUGAGCUUACAAAAGUUGUGGAAUGCAUGGAAGCCAGGGACACAAUUUUGCCAAUUUUUUAUGGUGUGGAUCCCUCUCAAGUACGAAAUCAAACUGGGAGUUUUGCAGAAGCCUUCACUAAGCAUAAAGAGAAGUUAAUUACUAAAAAGAACGUGGAGCAGUGGAAAGCUGAUUUAACAAAAGUGGCCAAUCUUUGUGGGUGGGAUUCAAGGAAUUUUAAGUAA